AGCAAGAUGAAUCAUUGUCGGAAACUGAGGACUCCCUUGACGAUCGGUGUACGGAACAUGGCAGUCGGGUAUGACUACAAAAUCUCACACAAGAAGUGUUGGUUUGAAGACACUGAAAAGAGUAAAACUGUGGUAAAGAUACCUUACAAACAGAGAGAAGAGAACAUGACUUUGAAGGAUAGGUGGCACGAAAGCACUGUGGAGAAGAUAUUUGAGAAUCACCAUACGAUUGUGGCUUUCCACAUGAAAUACAUGCCGAGAGUCAUGUACGAGCAGAAGCUAGACUGGGGUUUGUUAGACUCGCUAGUGGGAACGAGCGUCCAAGGCAACUACUAUCCACGACAUAGUGUGGUGAAAUACCUGAGAAGGUCCAGGUUUCUUCACAUGAUACCGCUAUUCCAACACAACACUGGAAUACUUUACACUAAUGAUGUUAAUGAGGUCCAUGCUAUCUGCAAGGCAUUGAUGAAGACUCAGUACACUAAACAUUUGAUAUUGGGUGGUCUAAUCAACGGUAAACUCUAUGGUCCCAACACGUUUGUCGAGAUUGCGGAAAUGGACGACUUACAAACUGAACAAGCCAAAUUGGUCGGAUUGCUCUCAUCUGCCGGCACAAGUCUGGUACAGACUCUUUCACAACCCUCCGCUAUGUUAUCUCUAGUUUUAGACCACAGAAGCAAGAAGCCCGAGAGCUAAGAUUUUGAUGUUAAUAAUUUUUAAUGUUUAUAAUUUGGAUCCUGGGCAGCAGCUGUAGAAAUUGUCUCAAUUUUCAAUGAGAUUUUGCGAACAUCAGUGAUGUAACUUUGGGAUCAAAGCCAUUUGAAUUCCGACGUAUGCUUACCAGCUACGAAAUUGUCAAUUUUAUUCUGAGAUUUGAGAUGUUUUUACGAUGACGAUUUACGUGGCGAAUAAUUUUCGUUGGUUUCGCUUUUUACCUAGUAAAACUUUACUCUUAUUUGAGGAAUCCCAAACAGUCGAUGGCAAAAAACGAAAAAUAGCAACGAUCCCCCUAACAUAUUAUUGUAUAUUUUGUUAAUUUUACUGAGAUGUGAUCACAAAGUAAAUUCUUUCCUCGUCUAUGCUGUGAGAAAGUUGAUAUUGCAUUAUACUCUUUUUCCAGCAUUUAAAUGCUUGCAUUUAACCUGGACAGACGUUAAAUUGAAAGUAAUAAUCUUCAUAGUGUUACUGUUAGGUAUUUGAUAAAAGCUUUCUGUCUUCCUGAUAACUUAUUAUAUUCUUAUUAAUGUCACGAAGUGUACAAACUAAAGUUACUCUUCUUUUCUAACAGAAUAGUGUACUAUUUU